AACGACGUCACAUCCGGUCUCUUCUGUGCUUCGCAGGGAUCCAGCAUGGCGGACACCGGUGUGGUGGAGACACUUCUACGGCGGAUUGAGAAGGUGGACGAUGGCGUUGACAGCCUGGAAGUGGCGGCCAGCCUCGGGUUGGAGCACCAGGCUAUCGUCGGAGCCGUGAAAAGCCUGCAGAGUCUUGGCGAGGUAAUCUCUGCCGAGCUGCGCUCCUCUAAGCACUGGGAGCUGACGGGAGAGGGCACGGAGAUAGCCGACCAGGGCAGCCAUGAAGCCCGGGUCUUCAGCUCCAUCCCGCUGGAGGGUCUGGCACAAAGUGAGCUCAUGAAACUGUCCUUUGGGAAGAUCGGUUUCAGCAAAGCCAUGUCCAACAAGUGGGUCAGAGUGGACAAGACACACGAGGGCGGCCCGAGGAUAUUCAGGAUUGUGGAGAGCAUAGAUGACCAGGUCAGAGAGAAGCUGCUUCUCGUGAAAAAUGGCAAUGCAGCUAAACUGGAGGAGAAAGAAAAGAAUGAGCUGAAGAAGAGAAAACUGCUCUCUGAAGUGACGGUGAAGUCAUACUGGAUCACUAAGGGCAACUCCUUCAGCACCACCAUCACCAAACAGGAGACGGAGCUCACUCCUGAGAUGAUUGCCUCUGGCAGCUGGAAGGAGAAGAAAUUUAAGCCCUACAACUUUGAGGCCCUGGGCGUGGCCCCUGAGUGCGGCCACCUGCACCCGCUGAUGAAGGUGCGAACACAGUUCAGGCAAAUCUUCCUUGAAAUGGGCUUCACAGAGAUGCCGACCAACAACUUCAUAGAGAGCUCUUUCUGGAACUUUGACUCUCUGUUCCAGCCCCAGCAGCACCCGGCCAGAGACCAGCACGACACCUUCUUCCUGUCCGACCCAGCGCUCGCCCAUGAGUUCCCACAGGACUACCUGGAGAGAGUGAAGAAGGUCCACUCAGAGGGAGGCUUUGGCUCACAGGGGUACAAAUAUGACUGGAAGAUAGAGGAGGCUCAAAAGAACAUCCUCCGCACUCACACUACAGCCGUCAGUGCACGCAUGUUGUAUAAACUUGCACAGCAGGAGAAGUUCACCCCCGUCAAGUAUUUCUCCAUCGACCGGGUGUUCAGGAACGAGACCUUAGAUGCCACCCAUCUGGCCGAGUUCCACCAGAUAGAGGGUGUGGUGGCCGACUACGGACUCACGCUGGGAGACCUCAUGGGUGUCCUGCAUCAGUUCUUCACCAAACUAGGAAUUACCAAACUCCGCUUCAAGCCUGCCUACAACCCAUACACAGAGCCCAGCAUGGAAGUGUUCAGCUACCACGAAGGACUAAAAAAGUGGGUGGAAGUGGGAAACUCGGGGGUCUUCAGGCCAGAGAUGCUUUUGCCUAUGGGGCUUCCUAAGGAUGUGUCAGUCAUUGCUUGGGGACUUUCUCUGGAAAGGCCCACCAUGAUUAAAUACGGCAUCAACAACAUCAGAGAACUGGUGGGACACAAGGUGAACCUACAGAUGGUCUAUGACAGCCCCAUCUGUCGACUGGAGUCCUGAGGAUCACUCAGCCUUUGUCAUAAUUAUUAUUAUUAUUUUGAAUGGACCCAUUUUACUUUAAACAUUUCUUUUCUUUGAGAACCUGCCUUGAGAACGCCCUCCACCCUCUGGUCAUUCUUGCCAGUCCAAGCUCAACCAGCAAAACCAGCUGGUCUGAAAGCGGCUGUAGCAGGAAGAGGGUCUGUUUUUCCUCCAUCAGCACUUCAGACAGAUUUCUGUGAACUGUUUCUCAGAUAGCUUUAACACACAGGAGCAGCCUCUGCAUGAACUGCUGUUCUGCCGGGCACAACAUCAGUGGGAGUCUUGACUUUGUUACAUCAGCACCCUGCCACAGUUACUACAACAAAUGACCCAUUUGUAUAGAAAAAAAAUACUACUUUUGGAAUAUGACAGAGGUACAAUAAAAACAUUUUCCAAAUACCA